AUGAAUCAGGUUUAUUGUAUCUGUCAGAAGUUUUUGAGUUCUCCAUCAAUGAGUUUGUGGGAAGCUUCUCUCAGUUGGCUGCGUGGAUUCAGUGAAUGCUUAUGCAGCCUCUUCUUCAAGCAAGAAAUGGAACUUUCUUUGAUGGGCCUUCAAAAUGCAGGAAAGACAGCACUUAUCAAUGCUGUUGAUAAUGUUGGAUAUAGUGAAGACCUGGAUCCUACGAUUGGUUUUCACAUGAGGGAAGUGACAAAAAGAAAUGUUAUUUUGAAGCUACGGGAUGGUAGUGGGCAAUCAGGAUUCCGCAGCUUUUGGGAAGGUUUUUGCCGCGAUAAUCCUGCCAUAGUGUAUGUAGUUGAUGCUGCAGAUGUUGACAAUCUAUUUAUCUCGAAAAAAGAACUCCAUAAGUUGUUGAGCAAGACUUCGCUUAACGGUAUCCCUCUUCUGGUUCUUGGGAACAAAAUGGACGAACCUGGAGCUCUGUCUAAAGAUGCCUUCACUGAAGAAAUGGGGCUUCAGUUGCUUUCAGAUAGAGAAGUCUGCUGUUUCAUGAUAUCAUGCAAGAACUAUACCAACAUUGAUCAGGUCUUUGAUUGGCUCCUAUCAAAAUUAAAGAACUAAAUAUUCUCUCUUCUUGAUCUUCUUAGUCGUUCUGUGUUGUGUGCCUCGUUGGUUGAUGAUGAUCAUUCAUGGUUGAAGACAAUUUUAAAGAAUAGUUUGUCCCUAAUUUUCUUGUCUCUGUUGCUGCUCUGGUCUCUACAUGUGAAAUUUUGGAAACACAAACAAAGUUUCUCACUUUUAUAUGUACAAAAACAAAAAAACAAAAAAAUAUCUGGUGCUUAGUAGAUAAAUAAGCUCUGUGCUGCUCCAUACGCUAAACGAUUAUUAUCUCUAUAUGGACAAACCAUUUGGUGAUUGUCCCUUGAGCUCCUGUCCUGGAAUCCUAGGUUGAUUUUGCUGUGAGGACACUGACCAUUCUCACAAGUGAAACCUGGUCUCUCCAUCAUGACAACAUUCUUUCUGACCUUGGAGAAGAAGAAGAAGCAGGGAGAGUUGAGUGGACGUAGAUGAUGACGUGGAAGCAGUUAAUUCAACGGAAGAGUUUGUUUGUAUGAGAGAGUAGCUUUUGAGAAUUGUAAUCAGGAUCUAAAAGACUAGAAGUCUUGGAUUAGGCUCUCGGCGUGUGAGACGUCAAGAGAAGUUGUAUUGAGGUGGUUACUUUCUUAUCAAAUAAUACAUACAAACAGGGGCGGACCCACGUGUAGUGAUGUGGGGUCACUUGACACAACAAAAACAAUAAAAGCUCACUCCACUCAUUGAUGAAGAAGAAGAAAGAGGAGGAGGACAUGAGUCCGGAUAGAGCUCCCGGGCCAUAAACCUCUUCUUGGUUGAUAAAUGGCAAGCCAAGUAGCACUCUCUUUCGCCUGUCAUCUUAUCUUGCAAGCAUUUUGAUUGCCUCACAAGCUUUUCGCAAUAUCAGGGGACAUAUA